UUGAGCACAGUUCCACUUGAGCCAAUCACGCGUGCACUAGCUACUCGACGAGACUGAUUUGUCGCGUUGCUUUCUUCUUUCGUAAUUCUGAAGAAGAAAAAUUCAAACAAAUUAAAUCAGAAAACGGUAACAAAUAGUUCCGACUAGUCGGUGAAAACGAUGUACGCGAAUCGUUGCCGGAACUUGAACCCGCCUCGGAUCGAUAUCGAGGCGGCCAACAGUGGCGGAUCGGUUUCGGCUAUUUCCGGUCAGCAGCCCGGUGAAGACAGCCAACGACUGUUGAGUCCCACCCACAGGUCCGAUCGGUUGUCCCCGCUCAGUGCCGAUAUCCGGAGCACCGCCAGUGGACAGCUUACGCCGAGAUCUUCUGGACGGAGACCCGGUGCCUACAGGCCAAGUGUCUUUGCCCACCGCCAACCUCGAAGGGCAGUCUUCAAAAAUGGCUACUGCAACAUCACCCAUGGAAAAUACUCCCGGAAGGGCAUCCGAUACCUGCAGGACAUGUUCACAACGCUGGUGGACGCACGGUGGCGCUACACGCUGAUGGUUUUCGCAAUGGGUUUCGUCCUUUCGUGGUUGUUUUUCGGAGCCGUCUAUUGGUUCAUCUGUUAUGCGCAUGGGGAUCUUGAGGAAGCCCACUUGCCGCACAAUCAGGAGGAAAAUGGUUGGACCCCUUGCGUUGUGGCCAUUUACUCAUUCACUUCCUGUUUCCUCUUUUCGCUGGAAACGCAACACACUAUUGGGUACGGAAGUCGGGCGACGACCGAAGAAUGUCCGGAAGCGGUUUUCGUGAUGAGUUUACAAUCCGUUCACGGUGUCAUGAUCCAGGCACUUUUGGCGGGAAUUGUUUUUGCCAAAAUGACUCGAUCCAAGAGUCGAUCGCAGACGCUGCUGUUUUCUAAAAGUGCAGUCAUUUGCCAGCGAGAUGGAGAACUUAAUCUGAUGUUCCGAGUGGCAGACAUGCGUAAGAGUCACAUCAUCGGAGCCAACAUCCGGGCGCAGCUGAUCCGAAGCAAAGUCACCAGGGAAGGUGAAUCCGUAGCUCAGUAUCAAAUCGAAUUGGAUCUGGGCGUCGAUGGAGGAGGUCCGGAUUUGUUCUUCAUCUGGCCACAGAUCGUGUGCCACAAAAUUGACGCAAAGUCCCCACUCUGGAACAUGAGUGCCAUCGAUAUGAUGAACGAUCGGUUCGAAAUCGUUGUCAUCCUGGAGGGAACCAUCGAAAGUACCGGCCAAAGUACACAAGCCCGUUCCAGCUAUCUGAACAGCGAAAUCAUCUGGGGGUACCGUUUUGAGCCGGUGCUGUUCUACAAUCGACAGCGCCAAAAGUACGAAAUCAACUUUUCCAAAUUUGACGCCGUUGUGCCGAUGGACGUUCCGGUUUGUUCCGCCAAAGAUAUGACCGAAGGAAUUGAGUAUUGCAGUCAAGACGACCUCGUCGAUAAGCGACCGGAAUUCACGAACCUGUUCAAUCGGUUGCAGUCCUACCAUUUGGAAAACGAGCAUUCCUUCUACAAGUCGGCAUAUCUGGUAACGGAGACGGCGAACGCACUAACGGUUCCGGUUCCACCGCCCCGAUCACGAUCAUCCAAUGGGAUCGUCUCAAUGGAUCGGCAGAUGGAUUCAGAUAACAAUAACGGUGAUGAUGUCGACGAUAAGAAUAUCAAAUGUUCGGUCGUUUGAAUUAAUUUUACUAAUGGAGAUAAAGGCGCUUUGAAACAAGACUAAGCGUUUGUUUUCUUCAUCCAGCGUUAAGCGUUUUUGAAAUUUAUUGCAUACCCAAAGGCGCUUUCAUAAACCGAUGCA